AUGCAAAUUUUAUCUGAUCUACAAUAUCUCUAAGAGAGUUUUUCACAAUAAUCCAUGUAGAUUAGAUAGCUUUUCACAGAGAUUUAAUUAGCUUAAUAGGCUUUGUCAUCAUUAAAGCAACCUGUAAUGUAAUUGAGAUAGAGCAAAUCAACAAUUAUUUUACAUUCCACCUCUUAAGAAUUUAAUUAAAGCCAUAAAAAAUUUUCGAGAAAUUCCUCACUAACAAAAGAGGAUUUUAUUGAAUAAUGUUUAAAAAAUAUUGAAUAAGCUAAUAAAACUAGUAAUGUCAAUACUCCUUCACCUCAACACCCUAAAUAAACGAAUAGAAUAAAGGGAAGAUUAGAGAAGCAUAUUCCAGAGAUGAAGACUUAGGCUGAAUAAAUUCCAUAACCCACAACUAGUUUAUAGUCUAUUUUCUAAGCAAGUAAUAGUCCCCAAUAAAAACUGACUAAACUUAUGCAGCUUGAUGACUUUAAGAUUACAACUAAACAAUAAAAAUAAGAAUAUUUUAAUAUCCAUGAAGAAGGAUAAUUAUAAAAUUGAAAAU